UUUCUACGCGUUCCAGUGUGUUGAGGGAGGCGAAUAGGGAGGAACGCGGAAGCGGUGCGGCGAUUUGUCUGCGUGGCUCGUGUGUACAGAACUAUAAGAACAGUUCUAUAGUCGUGUGGCAGGACAGCAAGGGAAAGAGGCUGAAGAAUUUUUUCAUUUUUGUGCGAGCCACAGCGAACAGCAUCGCAGGGGAAAAAGCAUGGCUUUGAACCUUACCAUUAACACCAGCAACCCGCCCUUGGGGGCGCUGUUGGCCGCCGAGGCUGUAAAGAGCAGUGUGGCCGUGUCGGUGGAGGAAGGAAAAGACACCAAACUGCACAUCUCUGACUCGGUGCAGUUCAGCGAUGUGAACGCCAUCUCUCGCUACCUGGCACGUGUGGCUCCCAGUCUGGGCCUGUACGGCUCCAACCUGAUGGAGCAGACUGAGGUGGACCACUGGCUGGAGUUCAGCGCUCGGCGCAUCUGUGGUCAGUCCAGCCUGACUUCGGCCCUGGAGGAUCUGGACAAGGCCCUGUCCCUGCGCACCUUCCUGGUGGGCCACAGCUUGACCCUGGCUGACCUUUGCGUGUGGGCAGUGCUUAAAGGAAGUGCAGGAUGGCAAACGAUCUUGGCCAAGCCCGGACCCUUCUCCCACGUCCGCCGCUGGUACUCCUUCCUGUCCACCCAGAACCCCUUCACCGCUGUCGGCAACAAGUGGGCCAGCAGCAAGGUCGCCGCCGGCAACGGCACGCAGGCUGAAGUGAAGGAGAAGAAGCAGGAUGUGGGCAAGUUUGUGGAGCUUCCAGGGGCUGAGAUGGGGAAGGUGGUGGUCCGCUUCCCCCCUGAGGCCAGUGGGUACCUGCACAUUGGCCAUGCCAAGGCUGCCCUGCUGAAUCAGCACUACCAGCUCAACUUCAAGGGCAAGCUCAUCAUGCGCUUCGAUGACACCAACCCCGAGAAGGAGAAGGAGGACUUCGAGAAGGUAAUCCUGGAGGACGUGGCCAUGCUGCAGAUUAAGCCGGACAGCUUCACCUACACCAGCGACCACUUUCCCCUGAUCCUCCGCUUGGGCGAGCAGCUUCUGCAGGAGGGCAAGGCCUACAUCGAUGACACGCCCCCUGACCUCAUGAAGCAGGAGAGGGAGCAGAGGGCUGAGUCUCGCCACCGCAACAACUCCGUGGAGAGGAACAUGCAGAUGUGGGAGGAGAUGAAGGCGGGGACCACGUACGGCCAGACCUGCUGCAUGAGGGCCAAGAUCGACAUGGCGUCCAACAACGGCUGCCUGCGCGACCCCACGCUGUUCCGCUGCAAGAACACGCCCCACCCGCGCACAGGCUCCACCUACAAGGUGUACCCCACCUACGACUUUGCCUGCCCCAUCGUGGACAGCCUGGAGGGCGUGACCCACGCCCUGCGCACGACGGAGUACCACGACCGCGACGAGCAGUUCUACUGGGUCAUCGACGCCCUGCGCCUGCGCAAGCCCUACAUCUGGGAGUACGCCCGCCUCAACCUCAACAACACGCUGCUCUCCAAGAGGAAGCUCACCUGGUUCGUGGACCAGGGCCUGGUGGACGGCUGGGAUGACCCUCGUUUCCCCACGGUUCGAGGUGUUCUGCGUAGAGGAAUGACGGUGGAGGGGCUCAAACAGUUCAUUGCUGCUCAGGGUGGAUCCAGGUCUGUUGUCAACAUGGAGUGGGACAAGAUCUGGGCAUUCAAUAAGAAGGUGAUUGACCCUGUGGCCCCACGGUUCACAGCCCUCCUAGGGUCCUACGUGGUCCCUGUGUCCAUCCCUAUGGCGUCGGAGGAGAUGAAGGAGGUGGCCAAACAUCCCAAGAACGCUGAGGUGGGGGUGAAGGAGGUGUGGUACGGACCCAGGGUGCUCAUCGACGGGGCGGACGCCGAGACCUUCGCCGAGGGAGAGACCGUCACCUUCAUCAACUGGGGCAACAUCAUCAUCACCAAAAUCCACAGAGACGGCAGUGGGGCGAUUUCCUCUCUGGAGGGCCGUCUGAACCUGGAGAACACCGACUACAAGAAGACCACCAAGAUCACCUGGCUGGCGGACACGCCCCGCGCCCCGACCACGCCCACCGUCUGCGUCACCUACCACCACCUCAUCACCAAACCCGUGCUGGGCAAGGAGGACGACUUCAAGGACCACAUCAACAGGAACAGCAAGGUGGAGGAGAAAAUGCUGGGAGAUCCUUGCCUGAGGGAUUUGAAGAAGGGUGACAUCAUUCAGCUCCAGAGGCGGGGCUUCUACAUCUGUGACCAGCCCUACGAGCCAAUCAGUCCCCACAGCUGUAAGGAGAGCCCCUGUGUGCUGCUCUACAUCCCAGACGGGCACACUAAAGACAUGCCCACCGCCGGCUCCAAGGACAAGAGCAAGAGCCAGGCUUCCAGCAAGCCUGUGAGUGUGAAAGCAGAGAAGGCCUCCCCAGCGACGGCCAAGCCCGUCUCCGCCCCCGCCCCCGCCCCCAGCGGCAGCGGCGACGCGGCGUCUGUGUUCUCGUCCGUGGCGGCUCAGGGGGAGACCGUCCGGCAGCUGAAGGUUGCCAAGGCGCCCAAGGAGGAGGUAGACCAAGCUGUGAAGCAGCUGCUGGCCCUGAAGGCACAGUUCAAGGAGCUGACCGGACAGGACUACAAACCGGGCAUGGCCCCGCCCACCGCGGCCCCGGAAACCAAGGCAGCCGCCGCCCCCGAGCCCACAAGCCCCGCCUCCUGCCCGUUUGCUCGGGUGGCCCAGCAGGGAGACGUGGUGAGGAAGCUGAAAGAGGAGAAAGCCCCGAAGGACCAGAUAGACGCAGCAGUGAAGCAGCUGCUGGCUCUUAAAGCCGAGUUCAAGCAGCUCACCGGGCAAGAGUACAAGCCAGGGAUGGCUCCGCCAAGCCCCGCCCCCGCCCAGCCCAGCCCCGCCCCUGUCAGCACUAGCCCCGCCCCCACAAAGAUGACCACCACCACCACCUCCUCCUCCUCUGGCAUUUACGAGCGCGUGGUACAGCAAGGAGAGCUGGUGAGGAAGCUCAAAACUGAGAAGGCCCCCAAGGAUCAAGUGGAUGCUGCUGUUAAGCAGCUGUUGGCUCUCAAGGCAGAGUACAAACAGGAAACUGGGCAGGACUACAAACCGGGCGCCGCCCCUCCGGCAAGCCCCGCCCCCGCACAGGUUAAGCCCAGCCCUGCCCAAUCUAGCUCCACCCCAGAGGUGAAGGACUUGUUUGCUCAGGUUGCCCAGCAGGGGGAGCUGGUGAGGAAGCUGAAAUCAGAGAAAGCCUCCAAGGACCAGGUGGACGCCGCAGUCAAGGCCCUGCUGGAUCUGAAGACGCGGUAUAAGACCCUGACGGGGGAGGAGUACCGGCCCGUGGGGGCCGCGGGGCCCACGGGGGCCGGCGGGGCCGAGGACAAGAGCCGAAAAGAGCGGGAGAACAAGUCUGAGAAACAGGGCGGGGCCGGGGGCGGCGGGGGCCGGAAGCAGGGCGGGGCGGACAAGCCCCCUCAGGGACAGGAGUCCGGCUCGGGAGGGGCCGGAGAGGGCCAGGGUCCCAAAAAACAGACACGAUUGGGACUGGAGGCUAAGAAGGAGGAGAACUUGGCUGAGUGGUACUCUCAGGUGAUCACCAAGUCGGAGAUGAUCGAGUACUACGACGUGAGCGGGUGCUACGUGCUGCGUCCCUGGUCCUUCGCCAUCUGGGAGACCAUCAAGGAGUUCUUCGACCGGGAGAUCAAGAAGCUGGGCGUGGAGAACUGCUACUUCCCCAUGUUCGUGUCCCAGGCCGCGCUGGAGAAGGAGAAGACCCACAUCGCAGACUUCGCCCCGGAGGUGGCCUGGGUCACCCGAUCGGGGAAGACUGAGCUGGCCGAACCCAUCGCUGUCCGACCUACCAGCGAGACAGCCAUGUACCCAGCCUACGCCAAGUGGGUUCAGUCACACAGAGAUCUGCCCAUCAAACUCAACCAGUGGUGCAACGUUGUGAGGUGGGAGUUCAAGCACCCACAGCCGUUCCUGAGGACUCGAGAGUUCCUGUGGCAGGAGGGCCACACAGCCUUCGCCACCAAGGAGGAGGCCGCCGAGGAGGUGCUGCAGAUCCUGGACCUGUACGCGCGGGUCUACGAGGAGCUGAUGGCCAUCCCCGUGGUGAAGGGGCGGAAGACGGAGAAGGAGAAGUUUGCGGGAGGGGACUACACCACCACUGUGGAGGCCUUCAUCUCAGCCAGCGGAAGAGCCAUUCAGGGCGCCACCUCCCACCACCUGGGGCAGAACUUCUCCCGCAUGUUCGAGAUCAUGUUCGAGGACCCCAAGAAGCCCGGCGAGAAGCAGCUGGCCUUCCAGAACUCCUGGGGCCUCACCACCCGCACCAUCGGCGUCCUCACCAUGGUGCACGGAGACAACCAGGGCCUGGUGCUGCCGCCCAGGGUGGCCUGCCUGCAGGUGGUGGUCAUCCCCUGUGGGAUCACCGCCUCCCUGUCCGAGGCUGACAGGGACGCCCUGCUGGCCCAGUGCUCCAAGUACAUCUCUGCGCUCCAGAAGAUCGGGCUGAGGGUCAAGGCCGACCUGAGGGACAACUACUCCCCCGGCUGGAAGUUCAACCACUGGGAGCUGAAGGGGGUGCCGGUGCGCCUGGAGGUGGGGCCCAAAGACCUGAAGCAGGGCCAGUGUGUGGCGGUGAGGAGAGACACGGGCGUGAAGACCACCCUGCCCGAGGCCGACGCCCCCGGCAGGCUGGCGCUGCUGCUGGAGGAAAUCCAGGCCAACCUCUUCCAGAGGGCGUCAGAUGAUCUGAAGAAGCACUUGGUGGCGGCUGACAGCAUAGAGGAGUUCCAGAAGCAGCUGGACCAGGGCAGGAUUGUCCAGAUCCCCUUCUGUGGCGUCAUCGAAUGCGAGGACUGGAUUAAGAAGAUCACUGCCAAGGAUCAGGACCUGGAGCCGGGCGCCCCCUCCAUGGGGGCGAAGAGCCUGUGCAUCCCCUUCGAACCCCUGAAGACCCUGGCGGCUGGCCAGAUGUGUGUGUGCGGGAAGCAGCCCGCGCAGUUCUACACCAUGUUUGGGCGCAGCUACUAAAUCGUCCCGCUACGCGCCCUCCUCUCAGUGUGCACUUAAGUUCUCCACCCUCCUGUCCGACCCCAGGAGAGGCGCGGACGUUCCUGUUACAUCCGUUGUGACCUGUUUCCUCCCGUAUUUAAAAACUCCGUGUAAUUCUGUCCUUGGUCUGUGAGUGUCCCCCCCCACCCCCCACCCUGUCACACUCAGGACUGUACAGCUGGAGCUUUGGAAAAGCACCUAAAGCCAAGGGGGAGGGAGCCAUCAGAAAAAAUAAGCUUGGGGGAUACGGGGUUAGUUCUGAUGCCUGCAAUUCAGUAGCUGCAAGGCCCUCCGUUUCCAUGUUAUAGGUGUAUUGUCACAAGAAUGACACCAAACUGACAUUCGGUAAACUGCUCCCUACUCUGUAAUUAAGCUGCAAUUUUAAGAAACAUUUUUAGGGUUGUGAAAGUCACCUGUAAUAAAGAAUGGAUUCUCAAUA